AAGGGCUACAGUGCAGUUUUCCAUUCAGGGGAACAUAUCCCGUGACAAUAACGGACUCCUCCAGGCACUCCAAGACAUCUGAGCCUUCAGCCGGGAGUGCUCUUGGAUCACAAGCUUGAAGUUUGCGUCUGAAGAGCUCAUUGGAAAGGAAGAGAUUUAUUGCGGGUGAGGCACGUUUAACGGCGCUUCAGGAGUCGCACAGCAGGGGCCAAUGGGAGUGUGGAAGCUGGCCAAGGUGGUGCUCGGAUGGACUGCGAUCUGGUGGGCCGCGGUCCAUUCAGCGCAGGCGCAAGGAGAUGGAGACAUCCAGGCCAGUCGAUUCACUGGAAAACCUGAGGGGGAGGUGCAACAGAGGGUCCGUCGGAGAGGCCAGGAGUCCCUCAGGGGGCCCAACGUAUGUGGUUCCCGCUUCCACUCUUAUUGUUGUCCAGGAUGGAAAACUCUUCCUGCAGGAAACCAGUGUAUAGUUCCGAUCUGUAGGAACUUGUGUGGGGAUGGCUUUUGCUCGAGGCCUAAUAUGUGUACCUGCUCCAGUGGUCAUCUUGCCCCUAGCUGUGGUGCGGCCGCAGUCCAGUCCUGCAGCGUCAGAUGCAUGAAUGGAGGGGUCUGUAAUGAAGAUGCCUGCUCUUGUCAGAAGGGCUACACAGGAACGCACUGUGGACAGCCUGUGUGUGAGACUGGAUGUCAAAAUGGCGGCCGUUGUAUUGGACCCAACAGAUGUGCCUGUGUCUACGGUUUUACUGGACCACAGUGCGAGAGAGACUACCGGACCGGGCCAUGCUUCACACAAGUCAACAACCAGAUGUGCCAAGGUCAGUUGAGCGGCAUUGUGUGCACCAAGACGUUGUGUUGUGCAACCAUCGGGCGAGCAUGGGGUCACCCAUGUGAGAUGUGCCCUGCCCAACCCCACCCUUGCCGAAGAGGUUUCAUACCCAACAUCCGCACUGGUGCUUGCCAAGAUGUGGACGAGUGUCAGGCCAUCCCAGGACUAUGCGCUGGAGGAAACUGCAUUAACACCGUGGGCUCCUAUGAGUGUAAAUGUCCCGCGGGUCACCGGCAAAGUGAGACCAGCCAGAAGUGCGAAGAUAUCGACGAAUGCGCAACCAUAUCCGGAGUGUGCGAUGGUGGGGAAUGUACCAACACCGCAGGCAGCUACGUGUGCACCUGUCCGCGGGGAUACGUCACCAGCGCAGACGGCUCCAGAUGUGUCGAUCAUCGGGUCGGUGCGUGUUUCUCGUCUUUAGCGAACGGCCGCUGUGCGAGCGAACUGUCCGGUCAGUACACCAAGAUGCAGUGCUGCUGCGACACGGGCCGCUGCUGGGCCCUCGGACACAUCCCAGAGAUGUGCCCCGUCAGAGGAUCCGGAAUGGGAAACGUUGUGAACAUUAUAUUGUGCAGCUGGGAGCCUAAUGGAGAAACGCCAUCAUCUCUGUACCACAUCGCUGCAGCUCUUCUUCAACACAAUCUCAUCGCUCUUGAAGACCUCUACGUUCAUGUAAGUGGAAGAGUCGUGGCUGGUCCCUCGCACAACGGAAACGGCGGCGGCUACAUUUACGGCGGCGAUCACACCAUCGGAAACGGCAAUGGCGGCAACGGUGGCCCGAAGAUUCAGAUCAGCCAGCUGAACGAGACGACGAUCGACGUGUGCAAGCAUUUUACCAACCUGUGCCUGAACGGCCGCUGCGUUCCCACGCCGACCAGCUACCGCUGCGAAUGCAACAUGGGAUACAGGCAGGACGUGCGCGGGGAGUGCAUCGAUGUGGACGAGUGCAUCAGUAACCCCUGUGUGAAUGGAGACUGUGUCAACACACAAGGAUCGUAUCACUGUAAAUGUCACGAGGGAUACCAGGGAACUCCCACCAAACAGGCCUGCAUUGACAUUGACGAGUGUAUCGUGAACGGCGUUAUGUGCCGUAACGGACGCUGCGUGAACACAGAUGGAAGUUUCCAGUGCAUCUGUAAUGCUGGCUUUGAAAUCAGUCCUGAUGGGAAGAACUGCGUCGAUCAUGAUGAAUGUGCCACCACCAACAUGUGCCUCAACGGCAUGUGCAUAAACGAAGAUGGCAGCUUCAAGUGUAUCUGCAAACCUGGAUUUGCUUUGGCGCCCAACGGACGCUACUGCACUGACAUUGACGAAUGCCAGACCUCGGGCAUCUGUAUGAAUGGUCGCUGCGUGAACACAGAAGGCUCAUUCCGCUGCGAGUGCCCGCCAGGGCUGGCCAUCGACGUGGAUGGCCGCGUCUGCGUGGACACCCACAUGCGCACCACCUGCUACGGCGCAAUAAAGAUGGGCACGUGUUCGCGUCCAUUCCCCGGGGCGGUGACCAAGUCGGAAUGCUGCUGCGCCAACCCAGAACAUGGCUUCGGAGAACCCUGCCAACCCUGCCCGGCGUUCAACUCCGCCGAGUUUCAGGCGGUGUGCAGCAGCGGACCUGGAAUCACUGCAGACGGACGAGACAUCAACGAAUGCGCUUUGGAUCCAGACAUCUGUCAAAACGGGAUCUGCGAGAACUUGCGCGGGAGCUACCGUUGCAUCUGUAACAUCGGCUACGAGUCCGACGCUAGCGGCAAGAAUUGCGUGGACAUUAACGAGUGUUUGGUGAAUCGGUUGUUGUGCGACAAUGGCAUGUGUAGAAACACGCCCGGAAGUUACACUUGCUCUUGCCCCAAAGGAUUCUCUUUCAAAGCUGACUCUGAGACUUGCGAAGACAUCAACGAAUGCGACUCCAACCCUUGCAUCAACGGCGUGUGCCGCAACGUAGCCGGUUCUUUCAACUGCGAAUGUUCCCACGGCAGUAAACUGGACUCCACCAACACCAUCUGCGUAGACAGCAUGAAAGGAACCUGUUGGCUGAACAUCCAGGACAGCCGCUGUGAGGUGAAUAUAAACGGGGCCACGCUGAAGUCCGAAUGCUGCUCUACGCUGGGGGCAGCCUGGGGAAGCCCAUGUGAACGCGUUUCUACAGAUCCAGCCUGUUCGAAAGGUUUAGCGCGCAUGAAGGGACUUGUAUGUGAAGAUAUUAACGAGUGUGAGGUGUUUCCCGGCGUGUGCACAAACGGACGCUGUGUGAACACGCAAGGCUCAUUCCGAUGCGAGUGUCCGGAGGGACUUACGCUGGACGGAGCCGGACGAACAUGUGUUGAUAUCCGAAGCGAGCAGUGUUAUAUGAAAUGGGACGAGGACGAGUGUGUGGAGCCGUUACCGGGCCGGUAUCGUGUGGAUAUGUGCUGCUGUACAGUGGGAGCGUCAUGGGGCGUGGACUGUGAGGCCUGUCCCAAACCAAACACGCCCGAAUUCAAAACCAUCUGCCCGCGGGGACCCGGAAUCGCCAACCGAGGAGACAUCCUGACAGGACGACCUUUCUACAAAGAUGUGAAUGAAUGUAAGGUCUUCAAAGGCCUGUGCACUCACGGGAUGUGCCGAAACACCAUCGGGAGCUUCAAAUGCCGCUGUGACAGCGGUUUCGCCCUCACCAUGGAGGAGAGGAACUGCACAGAUAUCGACGAGUGCACCAUCUCUCCGGACCUGUGCGGACACGGCGUCUGUGUCAACACGCCCGGCAGCUUCGAGUGCGAGUGUUUCGAGGGCUACGAGAGCGGCUUCAUGAUGAUGAAGAACUGCAUGGACAUCGACGAAUGCGAGAGGGAGCCCCUGCUGUGCCGCGGCGGCACGUGUCUGAACACAGAGGGCAGUUAUGAGUGCGACUGUCCUCCGGGACACCAGCUGAGUCCAGAAGCUUCGGCCUGUGAAGAUGUGAACGAGUGUCAGCUCAGUGAUAACCUGUGUAGGAACGGUCAGUGUGUAAACAUGGUGGGCACCUAUCAGUGCUCCUGUGACAUGGGAUACCAGGUGACGCCCGACAGACAGGGCUGCGUGGAUAUCGACGAGUGCACCAUCAUGAACGGCGGCUGCGAUACACACUGUACGAACUCUGAGGGCAGUUACGAAUGCAGCUGCAGCGAGGGUUACGCGCUCAUGCCCGACCUCAGGACCUGCGCCGACAUCGACGAGUGUGAAGACACACCAGACAUCUGCGAUGGCGGUCAGUGUACGAACAUCCCCGGAGAAUAUCGCUGCCUCUGCUACGAUGGCUUCAUGGCCUCCAUGGACAUGCGCACCUGCAUCGAUGUCAACGAAUGUGAUCUGAAUCCCAACAUCUGUCUGCACGGCGACUGUGAAAACACGAAAGGCUCUUUCAUCUGCCACUGUCAGCUGGGAUACUUCGUCAAGAAGGGCUCCACCGGAUGCACAGACGUCGAUGAGUGUGAGAUCGGCGCUCAUAACUGCGACAUGCACGCCGCCUGCGUCAACGUCCUGGGGAGCUUCAAGUGCCGCUGCCGCGACGGCUGGGAGGGCGACGGGAUCAAGUGCGUCGAUGUGGACGAGUGCGUGACUGAAGAACACAACUGUAACCCGAACGCAGAGUGCAUGAACACGCCGGGAUCGUACCGCUGCUCCUGUAAAGAGGGAUUCAACGGCGACGGAUUCACCUGCUCCGACAUGGACGAGUGUGCGGAUAACGUGAAUCUGUGUGAGAACGGUCAGUGUCUGAACGCACCGGGAGGAUAUCGCUGCGAGUGUGAGAUGGGCUUCACCCCGACUGAAGACAGCAAGGCCUGCCAGGACAUCGACGAGUGUAACUUCCAGAACAUCUGUGUGUUCGGAUCGUGUCAGAACCUGCCGGGAAUGUUUCGCUGUGUUUGUGACUACGGAUACGAGCUGGACCGCAGCGGAGGAAACUGCACAGAUAUAAACGAGUGUUUCGACCCGGUGAACUGCAUCAACGGCGUGUGUGUGAAUCUGCCCGGCAGCUACCUGUGCAACUGCCCGCCGGACUUCGAGCUCAACCCGUCGGGCGUGGGCUGUGUCGACACUCGUGUGGGGAACUGCUUCCUGGACACUCUGGACCGCGGUGACGGAGGCAUCUCCUGCAGCGCUGAGAUCGGGGUGGGAGUGACCCGCGCCUCCUGCUGCUGCUCGCUGGGGGGAGCCUGGGGAAACCCCUGCGAACUCUGCCCGCCCAUCAACUCCACCGAGUACAAAACCCUGUGUCCCGGAGGAGAGGGCUUCCGGCCUAAUCCCAUCACCGUGAUCCUGGAGGACAUCGACGAGUGCCAGGAGCUGCCGGGUCUGUGUCAGGGGGGAAACUGCGUCAACACCUUCGGCAGCUUCCAGUGCGAGUGUCCCGCCGGAUACUACCUCAACCAGGAGACGCGCAUCUGCGAAGAUAUUGAUGAAUGCACGGCGCACAUCGGCAUCUGCGGUCCAGGAACCUGCUACAACACGCUGGGGAACUACACCUGCGUCUGUCCUCCCGAGUACAUGCAGGUGAACGGAGGAAACAACUGCAUGGAUAUGAGAAAGAGCGUGUGCUAUCGCAACUUCAACGACACCUGCGAGAACGAGCUGUCCUUCAACAUGACCAAGAAGAUGUGCUGCUGCUCGUAUAACGUGGGCAAAGCCUGGAACAGACCCUGCGAGGCCUGUCCCACGCCGGCCACAUCCGAGUACCAGCUGUUGUGUGGAAAUCAGGCUCCCGGGUUCAUCAUCGACAUUCACACCGGAAAACCCAUCGAUAUCGACGAGUGCCGCGAGAUCCCGGGAAUCUGCGCGAACGGCGUCUGCAUCAACCAGAUUGGCAGUUUCCGCUGCGAGUGUCCCAUGGGCUUCAGCUACAACAACAUCCUGCUCAUCUGCGAAGAUAUGGACGAGUGCAACAGCGGCGACAGCCUGUGCCAGCGCAACGCUAACUGCAUCAACAUCCCCGGCAGCUACCGCUGCGAGUGUUCGGCCGGCUUCAAGCUGUCGCCCAGCGGAGCCUGCGUCGACCGUAACGAGUGUCAGGAGAUCCCGAACGUCUGCAGUCACGGCGAGUGCAUCGACACUCAGGGCAGCUUCCGCUGUCUGUGCCACAACGGCUUCAAGACCACGCCGGACCAGACCAUGUGCAUGGAUAUCGACGAGUGCGACAGACAGCCGUGUGGAAACGGUACAUGUAAAAACACUGUGGGCUCCUACAACUGCCUGUGCUUCCCCGGCUUCGAGCUCACGCACAACAACGACUGCAUGGAUAUCGACGAGUGCAGCGUUCACGCCAGUCAGGUGUGCAGGAACGGCCAGUGCAUCAACAGCAUGGGCUCCUUCAGGUGUCUGUGUCUGGAUGGGUAUAACCUGACGCCGGACGGCAAGAACUGCGUCGAUAUUAACGAGUGCGUGACGCUGCCGGGAGCCUGUCAGCCGGGGACCUGUCAGAACCUGGACGGCUCGUUCCGCUGCAUCUGUCCGCUCGGAUACGAGGUGCAGAACGACAAGUGUGUGGAUAUCAACGAGUGCAGCGUGGAGCCCAGCAUCUGUCAGUUCGGCUCGUGUAAAAACACGGCGGGCAGCUUCCAGUGCAUCUGUCAGCCUGGCUUCGUUCUGUCCGACAACGGCCGCCGCUGCUUCGACACGCGCGAGAGCUUCUGUUUCACGCGGUUUGAAGCGGGCAAAUGCUCCGUCCCCAAACCGCUCAACACCACCAAAGCCAAGUGCUGCUGCAGCCUGCUGCCGGGCGAGGGAUGGGGCGACCCCUGCGAACUGUGUCCGCGCGAGACCGAGGCUGCGUUUCUCACGUUGUGUCCCUACGGUCACGAGGCCAUCCUGAGACCCGAAGGACGAGAGGACAUGAACGAGUGCGUGGAGAACCCGGGCAUCUGCGGAAACGGCUUGUGCAUCAACACGGACGGCUCGUUCCGCUGCGAGUGUCCCUUCGGAUACAACCUCGACUUCACCGGCGUCAACUGCGUGGAUACGGACGAGUGCUCGAUCGGAAACCCCUGUGGAAAUGGGACGUGCUCAAACGUUCCUGGUGGGUUUGAAUGUUCCUGUCAGGACGGCUUCGAACCCGGACCCAUGAUGACCUGUGAAGACAUCAACGAGUGUGCGGUGAACCCGCUGCUCUGUGCUUUCCGCUGCGUCAACACCUUCGGCUCGUACGAGUGCAUGUGUCCGACGGGAUACGUGCUGCGUGACGACAACCGGAUGUGCCGAGACCAGGACGAGGGCGCGGAGGGGCUGGACGACUGCGCCUCCAGAGGAAUGGCCUGCAAAAACCAGAUCGGCACCUUCAUGUGCAUCUGUCCUCCCGGCAUGACGCGCCGCCCCGACGGAGAUGGAUGCAUGGACCUGAACGAGUGCCGCAGCAAGCCGGGGAUCUGCAAGAACGGCCGCUGUGUCAACACGGUGGGAAGCUACCGCUGCGAAUGUAACGAGGGUUUCGAGUCGAGCUCCACAGGCACCGAGUGCAUCGAUAACAGGAAGGGCUUCUGUUUCACGGAGGUCCUGCAGACGAUGUGCCAGCAGUCGUCCACCAACCGAAACACCGUCACUAAGUCGGAGUGCUGCUGUAACGGCGGCCGCGGCUGGGGCUCGCUGUGUGAACUCUGUCCUCUGCCCGGAACCAUCCAGUACAAGAAGAUGUGUCCGCUCGGACCCGGAUACACCACUGACGGCAGAGACAUCAACGAGUGUGAGGUGAUGCCUAACCUGUGUAAGAACGGCCAGUGCAUCAAUAGCGUCGGCUCCUUCCGCUGCCAUUGCAACGUGGGUUACACCGAUGACUUUACUGGCACUUCCUGUGUUGAUAUGGACGAGUGCUCUCAGUCGCCCAAACCAUGUAACUUCCUGUGCAAAAACACUGAAGGCAGUUACCUGUGCUCGUGUCCCAGAGGAUACAUCCUACAGCCUGAUGGGAAGACCUGCAAAGACUUGGACGAGUGCUCAACCAAGCAACACAACUGUCAGUUCCUGUGCGUCAACACAAUCGGUGGCUUCACCUGUAAAUGCCCCUCAGGCUUCACGCAGCACCAGACGGCAUGCAUAGACAACAACGAAUGCAGCAAUCGGCCAAAUGUAUGCGGCUCCCGCGCCUCCUGCCUCAACACCCCCGGCAGCUUCAACUGUGAGUGUCAGAAUGGCUUCUCUCUGGACACCACAGGAAUCAACUGCGAUGACGUCGAUGAAUGUGGUGGAAACCACCGGUGCCAGCACGGCUGCCAGAACAUGCUGGGAGGAUAUCGCUGUGGAUGCCCGCAAGGUUACGUUCAGCACUACCAGUGGAACCAGUGUGUGGACGAGAACGAAUGCGCCGGAAAUCAAGCCUGUGGGUCUGCGUCUUGCUAUAACACUCUGGGCAGCUAUAAAUGCAUGUGCCCGUCAGGUUUCGACUUUGAGCUCUCUGCUGGCGGCUGCCAGGAUGUUAAUGAAUGUGCCUUGAACAAUAACCCCUGCAGCUAUGGCUGCUCCAACACAGAUGGCGGCUACUUGUGCGGAUGUCCUGGAGGCUUCUACCGAGCAGGACAAGGGCACUGCAUCACAGGAGUGGGCUUCCAGGGUCAGUUUGGCUCGGAGGGAGAGGAUGACGAAGAGUCACUGUCACCGGAGGCCUGCUAUGAAUGCAAGAUCAAUGGUGACCUUGGAAAGAAAGGGCGCCAUAGGCGUAAUGAUGGCGAUAAUGAGCUCAAGGAGACGGUGAGUAUGGCCAGCAUGGAUGUUCAGACCUCCAUCCCAAUGAACCUUAGUCUGGCGCAGCUGCAAAACAAGGAACCCCUACUUGAGUUGCUUCCAGCCCUGGAGCCGCUUGAGCACCACGUGCGCUACGUCAUAACGCACGGAAACCAGGGUGAACACUUCCACAUCCUGGAGCGUCGCGACGGGAAGAGUGUUCUGCGGCUGGGCCGAAAGCCACCCCCUCCAGGUUUGUUCCGCCUGGAGAUCGCCAGCUUGCGUAUGUUCGGUCCACGCAAACUUCAGCAAAUAGAGGACCAGCACGAUAGCGACUACUUGCUGGGCGAGAUCGGCGACGCACUGCGCAUCAAGCUGCACAUCCACCUGCACUGAGACUGACCCUUGACCCUGUGCCCUUCACAGCAGGGCGUUGGCUCUGAGAGACUGUGUCCAUUUAUCGCCAUGUUUUGGGUUUGUUCUUAUUUGCCAUCCUUUCAUGUUUUCAUGUCAGCCCCCACCGAUUCCGCCAGGUUGGGUGGAAUAUGUACAUAUACCACCUUAAAUUAGCAGGAGUGCGUUAGCACUAGCAUUAGCACCCAAUCAGACAUAUUAGUCGUAAGGACGAUUUAAUUUCAAUACGGCUUUUCAUGAUAAUUUUGACAGUUUACAACUGUAAAUGACAUUUCAGUCUUUAGUGCACAUAAAAACGAUGCAUUAUAGAUGAAGAAAAAUAUAAUGACCGUUCACUCACCUCGAUGUCUCAGUGCAAACUGGGGUCAACAUUUAUUCCAGUCAGUAUUUAGAGUCAUUUGUCAAGUAUUGUACUAUUUUUGAAGAAAA